AUAUAUAACAUUGAAACACCCUUCCCACCUUCGUUCAAGCCGAAAAACAUUAGAAAGAACAAAACAAUUCUUAAAACGAAAAAAAAAAAAAUCGAAACAAAAAAUUCAUAGCCUAGUUCGAACCAAGCUCAACUCUGAAGCUUUCUGAGGUUUAUGUGCUUUUAUUGAAACUGUUGGGAUUUAAAUCCUGAGCAAAAUAUUAAGAAAUUUACCGAGGCUGGUACUUUUUGGUGUUUAGCAAGCUCGAUUAUUAAGAUCUCCACUCACAUAAAGCAGCUAAUGCCAUCAUCAUAGUAUGGAUUCGCAGCAGCUUUUCAGUUAUGGUGUGACUAGUGCUGAAUUACCUUACAUGUCAUCUUUUCCUACUAUUCCAUCUCUACCUAACAGGUUUCUCGGAUCCUUGAAAUUUGACUCAGGAAACUCACCUAAUUCACCCUUUUCCACUCAUUUUGAUUCUGACACCCUUUCUGCAUUGAGUGACAACCUGGAGCAACGCAGCCCUGGAGAGAUCCUAUCUGGUGUUAGCCCCUUUUGUAACUCUUUACUAGAAACCAACCAUUAUAUGCAUAGAUCAAUCUCAUCUGUGGACAGUCUCAAAGACAGUUUCCCGCUAUAUUCUGCUAGGAACACUCUUCAACAGAAUGCAAGUUGUAACCAAAAAAUAAAACACGUUUUGCUGGAAUUAGAAAGUGCUUUGAUGGCCCCUGAUGAUGAUGAAGUUACCACGCCAAAUACGUUGGGUGAGAGCAAUAGGCCGAUGACUUCUGGCCGGAGAUUCAGGUCUUGGAGCCAUGAGCACCAGGGUUCACAAUAUACUCAGAAUCAGCCAUCAUAUGCUACCAGCAGUAGGCAAUCAAGUGAAGUUGUACAGGCAGAAAAACGGCAAAAGUUGAUGGAGGAAUCAUCACUACAAGGUCUCCCAUCAAAGAAUUUGAAGCAAUUGCUGAUUGCUUGUGCCAAAGCCUUGUCUGAAAACAACAUGAAAGAUUUUGAUCAAUUGGUAGGAAAGGCUAGAAAUACUGUGUCUAUCAAUGGGGAUCCAAUUCAGAGGCUUGGUGCUUAUAUGGUAGAAGGGCUUGUUGCAAGGAAGGAAGCAUCAGGGAAUAGUAUCUAUCAUGCCCUUAGAUGCAGAGAGCCCGAAGGCAUAGAAUUACUCUCUUACAUGCAAUUGCUGUUUGAAAUCUGCCCCUACUUAAAAUUUGGUUACAUGGCUGCCAAUGGAGCCAUUGCUGAAGCAUGCAGAAAUGAGGAUCACAUUCACAUCAUAGACUUUCAAAUUGCUCAGGGCUCUCAAUGGAUGACUCUUCUUCAAGCUCUAGCAGCAAGGCCCGGUGGGGCACCCCGUGUGCGAAUCACUGGGAUCGAUGAUCCUGUUUCUAAAUAUGCUCGCGGUGGUGAUGGACUAGAGGUAGUUGGGAAAAGGUUGGCCUUGAUGUCUGAGAAAUUUGGCAUCCCAGUUGAGUUUCAUGGAGUGCCAGUUUUUGCUCCUGAUGUUAGAAGAGAAAUGCUUGAUAUCAGGCCUGGAGAGGCUUUGGCUGUGAACUUUCCCUUGCAACUCCAUCAUACAGCUGAUGAGAGUGUUGAUGUGAAUAAUCCAAGGGAUGGACUUCUAAGAUUGGUAAAGUCACUUUCUCCCAAGGUGACGACACUGGUGGAGCAGGAAUCAAACACAAACACAACUCCUUUCUUCAACAGGUUUAUUGAAACCUUAGAUUAUUACUUGGCAAUCUUUGAGUCUAUUGAUGUCACCCUCCCCAGAAAUAGCAAGGACAGGAUUAAUGUGGAGCAACAUUGUUUGGCCAGGGAUAUCGUGAAUAUUAUUGCUUGUGAGGGCAAGGAAAGGGUAGAGAGACAUGAACUGUUUGGCAAGUGGAAGUCAAGGUUAACAAUGGCUGGCUUUCGUCAGUGCCCUUUGAGCUCUUAUGUGAAUUCUGUAAUUAGAAGCCUUCUCAAGUGCUAUUCAGAACAUUACACAUUAGUGGAGAAAGAUGGAGCAAUGUUGUUGGGGUGGAAGAACAGAAAUUUGAUAUCAGCUUCAGCUUGGCAUUGAUAAAACAUAGAUAGGAAAUGCUGUAGUGGUAGUAGAAAUAUCAUGAUAAUGGAAGCCACAUGGUAUUGUAGCUGACUAAGGUUUAUGUUGACUACAAGUGCAAUGUAUCCUUCAUCAUUGUUUCAUAGGACUAAGUUACUUCUUAAGUUUGUCUAUAAAGAGUUUCAUGUACUAGUGAUGUAGUAUAUUGAUUCUUUUAUAAAAUGUUUAUGGCAACUGUUUUGUUCUAUAGAUGUUGAUCUUGUGCCUGAUGGUACUUCUUCUUUCAGUAUGAAAUUGAAUUAUUGGAAUCACAAAAUUUUGAACUGACUAGCUUGUUAAAUUCUAGUGGAAUGCACUUCGUUGCAUUCUUAUCUUGUCUGAUAAGAUUACUUGUAUAAGCUGGUUACAGUGAUGUGAUUUUCUAUAUAGCAAAAUACAAGGUAAUCUAUUCACCAAAAAGAUGAAGAUGACCAUUUUGCCAGCUUGGAAAUGAUGUGUUAUCCAUGUUGCUGUUGAUAAGAUUUCACAACUAAUUUUUACUGUUUUUAACAAUUGGCUUUAUUUUUAGUUUUUCGGGAUAUGGUAUUCUUUGUAAAUUUUAAACGUUGUUUGGAUUGGAUAGGUAGGAACUUUCUUUGGAUUGAAAUUAAAGGUUGAUGAAACGGUGGUUGCAGUUGUAUUAUAGUGUAGUUUAUGAUGUCUAAUGGACAGACUAUGAUGAAGACUUGCAGGUGUCCUCUCCUAAAAGUCAAACAUUAAUUUAUUAUAUACCAAUAUUUCCCAACCUCAAAUGGGUUUGGCAGUGUUUAUCUUUCAAGUGUCUUACUUCUUUUUCGGAUUCCUGUAGAGUAUCCUCCCAAGAAUAUUACAUAAAGUAUGGUACAUAAAACUUCGCUAUCUUUCUUCUGUUUUCUUUUCCUUUUGUUUAGCUUCGUUUAUUGAAAAAAAAGGGGUAAAAGAAUGGCUGCACAAAAUUAAAGGUUGAUGAAACGGUGGUUGCACAUUAGUUCCUUCAAUUACUUAGUUGGGUUGGCGAUAUUAGUUUAUUUGAGAUUAAAGUUAAACGGUUACGAGAUUGCAUCUUCUUAAUCGUGAUGUAAGAAUCAGACAGUCCAACCGGCUUAGCUGCGAUUAGUCAUCUAUAGCUCAAUUUCAUCAUCGAUUUUAUGAUGAAACCAUUUUGAUUUUAGGAAUGCCAUAGUAGUAUUAAGCAUCUUGGGUUUUUUUGAAUGAUUUUUUUAUGACUACAAAAAUGGAGUAUAGUUGAGACAAAGCAGCACUGUUAUACAAGUUCAUAAUUUCAUGAUAUAUGGGGAUUAGGGAGUGGAUCUUGGAAAGGGCCUUAGUCCAAUGCAGAGGUCUAAUUGAAGAAUUGUGGAUUGUGGCAUCAAUUUGGGCUUGCCUAAACUUAUUUCGAUUAGAAUCUCAGCAAUCAGGUCACUGUUCUUAUACAAUGUGAGAACACAGCAUUCUUAUAACUUCUCCCAAAUGAAUCUAUUUAUCCUAAUUUUUUAAUUUUUUGGGUAAAGAUCGCAACGUAUCCCAUACUUGGAAUCUAUGUAUUUGUUUGACAAAAAAAAUCUAUGUAUUUGGGUAUUGGUGGCUAUGUAUUUCAAGUAAGAUCAGAAUUCAUACAUAUGUUCUUCAUUUUG